AUUUAAAGCGGACCUCUAAGUUUAGCAGCACUGGUUUCCAGGGGGUGGUGUUGAUGGGUGGCUGCUGAAAAGCCUCCACCGGUGUGUGUCUGAACGGAGCCGGUUGUUGUGGGUUUUUUCUCUUUUUUCUGCUGAUGGGAGGUGGUGUAUCUGGAGGGGAAGACAUGAUGGCCGCGACUAAUUCACCAGACUCUCGUUUGUGGAAAAUCUGACGUCUCAAAGUGUUCGGAUUUAACAUCAUCAUCAUGGCUCGAUGUGAAACUCGCGACAGUUAAGCUCCCUGCCUCAGCUGAGCCCCUCGCUGCUCUCUGAAGGAGCAGGAUGACAAGAUGGCACAGCUGCUUGUACCGCCCGGACCUGACAGCUUCCGCCCCUUCGUCCCCGAGUCGCUGGCCGCCAUUGAGAGGCGCAUCGCCGAGGAGGAGGCUCGGAGACCACGGGCGGAUCGCCGCAGUGACACUGACGAUGAAAAUGGGCCAAAGCCUAACAGCGACCUGGAGGCGGGGAAAUCGCUCCCCUUCAUCUACGGGGACACCCCUCCCCGCCUGGUCUCCACCCCUCUGGAGGACAUGGACCCCUACUACAGCAAUCAGAAGACCUUCAUAGUAUUGAAUCGCGGGAAGGCAAUCUUCCGUUUCAACGCCACUCCUGCCUUGUACAUCCUAACCCCUUUCAACCCUCUAAGGAGGAUAGCUAUUAGAGUUUUAGUGCACUCGAUGUUCAGCAUGUUGAUCAUGUUCACCAUCCUGACCAACUGUGCUUUCAUGACCCUCAGUAAUCCGCCAGACUGGGCCAAGAAUGUAGAGUACACAUUCACGGGGAUCUACACCUUCGAGUCCCUCAUAAAGAUCCUGGCCAGGGGCUUCUGUGUGGGGAAGUUCACUUUCCUGCGAGACCCGUGGAACUGGCUGGAUUUCAGUGUUAUCCUCAUGGCAUAUGUCACAGAGUUUGUGGACCUGGGCAAUGUCUCAGCACUGCGAACCUUCAGGGUUCUGCGAGCCCUGAAAACUAUAUCAGUGAUCCCAGGCUUGAAGACCAUCGUCGGAGCGCUGAUCCAGUCGGUGAAGAAGCUGUCGGACGUGAUGAUCCUCACCGUGUUCUGCCUCAGCGUCUUCGCCCUCAUCGGCCUGCAGCUCUUCAUGGGCAACCUGAGGCAGAAGUGCGUCCGCUUGCCGGUCGCCGCCAACGCCAGCAACAGCAGCGGCGACAUCAGCGCAUGGGAGUACAACGCCACCAAUAGCUCCUUCGACUGGAUAGAGUACAUCAACAACAAGAGUAAUUACUAUUACCUCCCUGACCGUAGAGAUGCUCUGCUCUGCGGGAACGGCAGCGGUGCUGGACUCUGUCCAGAGGGCUUUACUUGUAUCAAAGCAGGUCGUAAUCCAGACUACGGCUACACCAGCUUCGACACCUUCAGCUGGGCCUUCCUCUCCCUCUUCAGACUCAUGACCCAGGACUUCUGGGAAAACCUCUACCAGCAGACUCUCCGAGCGGCGGGGAAGCCCUACAUGAUCUUCUUCGUGCUGGUGAUCUUCCUGGGCUCCUUCUACCUGGUCAACCUGAUCCUGGCCGUGGUGGCCAUGGCCUACGACGAGCAGAACCAGGCCACCAUCGAGGAGGCUCAGCAGAAGGAGGAGGAGUUCCAGGCCAUGCUGGAGCAGCUGAAGAGGCAGCAGGAGGAGGCACAGGUUGCCGCGGCAGCAGCCACGGAGAGCGGAGAGUACAGCGGGAGAGGGGGCCCCACCUCCGAGUCCUCCUCGGGGACGUCGAAGCUGAGCUCGAAGAGCGCCAAGGAGCGACGCAACAGGCGGAAGAAGAGGAAGCAGCGGGAGGAGGAGGAGGAGAGGGGCGCCCGAGACAAGUUCCACAAGUCGGCGUCUGAGGACAGCAUCAAGAGGUCCAGCUUCCGCUUCUCCAUCGAUGCCAACCGGCUUUCUUAUGAGAAGAGAUGCUCCUCACCCAACCAGUCUCUUCUCAGCAUCCGUGGAGCCCUGUUCUCACCUCGGAGGAACAGCCGUGCCAGCUUGUUCAGCUUCCGUGGCCGGGCUCGAGACAUGGGCUCCGAGAACGACUUCGCCGACGACGAGCACAGCACCUUCGAGGAGAGCGACAGUCGGCGGGGCUCGCUGUUCUUGCCGCGUCGCCUGGAGCGUCGCUGCAGCGCCGUCAGCCAGACCAGCCUCGGGGCGCCGCGGAUCAUGCUGCCCGCCAACGGCAAGAUGCACUGCGCCGUGGACUGCAACGGCGUGGUGUCGCUGGUUGGCGGCACCUCCGUAACAACCUCUCCUGUAGGUCUCCUGCUGCCUGAGGGGACGACUACAGAUACUGAGCUGAAGAAACGCAGGUCAUUUCACCAACCUUCCAUGGAUUAUUUAGACGAACCAGGAGGCCGGCAGAGAGCCAUGAGUGUCGCCAGUAUCCUCACCAACACCAUGGAGGAGCUUGAAGAGUCGAGACAGAAGUGUCCACCCUGCUGGUACAGGUUUGCCAACACCUGUCUGAUCUGGGACUGUUGUCCUGCGUGGCUGAAGAUUAAAGAGGUCGUCAGCAUGGUGGUCAUGGACCCGUUUGUGGAUCUGGCCAUCACAAUUUGCAUUGUCCUCAACACCCUGUUCAUGGCCAUGGAGCACUACCCCAUGACUAGAGAGUUUGAUAACGUCCUCUCAGUCGGAAACCUAGUGUUCACUGGCAUCUUCACAGCAGAGAUGUGCUUCAAGAUCAUUGCCCUGGAUCCUUACUACUACUUCCAGGAGGGCUGGAACAUCUUUGACGGCAUCAUCGUCAGCCUGAGUCUGAUGGAGCUCGGCCUGGCCAACGUAGAAGGCCUGUCUGUGCUCAGGUCAUUUAGAUUGCUGAGGGUCUUCAAACUGGCCAAGUCAUGGCCCACCCUGAACAUGCUGAUCAAGAUCAUCGGUAACUCGGUGGGCGCUCUGGGCAACCUGACUCUGGUGUUGGCCAUCAUUGUGUUCAUCUUCGCCGUGGUCGGCAUGCAGCUGUUUGGCAAGAGCUACAAGGAAUGUGUGUGUAAAAUUGCUGAGGACUGCCAGCUGCCCCGCUGGCACAUGCACGACUUCUUCCACUCCUUCCUCAUCGUGUUCCGGGUGCUGUGCGGCGAGUGGAUCGAGACCAUGUGGGACUGCAUGGAGGUGGCGGGACAAACCAUGUGUCUGAUCGUCUUCAUGAUGGUCAUGGUCAUUGGAAACCUGGUGGUUCUGAAUCUCUUCCUGGCUCUGCUCCUGAGCUCGUUCAGUGCCGACAACUUGGCGGCGACGGACGACGACAGCGAGAUGAACAACCUGCAGAUUGCCGUGGGCCGGAUCCAGCGGGGCAUCGCGUUUGUCAAAACCACGGUGCGGCAGUUCCUCCAGAGCCUCUGCUUCGGCGGGGCCAGUAAGGGCUCCGGUCUGGCCGAGGAGAGCAAACCGCUGGACGAGCUGCACAGCAACGGCAAGGGCAACUGCAUCUCCAACCACACUUCAGUGGAGAUCACCAAAGAGCCCAUCGGGGUGUACCUGACGGAGGGCAACGGGCGGCCGGGAGGAGGGCUGGUGGUGGGGGUUGGUGGGGACGCCACGGGCAAGUACCCAGUGGAGGAAAGUGACUACAUGUCAUUUAUUCAUAACCCCAGCCUGACAGUGACGGUGCCCAUCGCGGUGGGCGAGUCGGACUUUGAGAACCUAAACACAGAAGAUUUCAGCAGCGACUCGUCUGACGUGGAGGGCAGCAAAGAGAAGCUCGAUGUAGAGCCAAAGCCUCUGAGCUCGUCGGAGGGGAGCACAGUUGAUAUUCGCCCCCCAGGAGACGGGGUUGAUUCGGUGGAGCUGGAGCCAGAGGAGUCGCUGGACCCAGAGGCCUGCUUCACAGAGGGCUGUGUUCGCAGGUUCCAGUGCUGCCAGAUCAAUGAGGAGGGAGGCAAGUAUAAGAGCUGGUGGACUCUCAGGAAAACCUGCUUUGUCAUCGUGGAACACAACUGGUUUGAGUCCUUCAUCAUAUUUAUGAUCUUGCUCAGCAGUGGAGCGCUGGCUUUUGAGGACAUUUAUAUCGAGCAGCGGCGUACCAUCAAAACAAUGCUGGAGUACGCAGACAAGGUUUUCACUUACAUCUUCAUUCUGGAAAUGCUGCUGAAGUGGGUAGCAUACGGCUUCGUCAAGUACUUCACCAACGCCUGGUGCUGGCUCGACUUCCUCAUCGUAGACGUGUCCUUAGUCAGCCUCAUAGCCAACGCUCUGGGCUACUCUGAGCUCACUGCCAUCAAGUCUCUGAGGACACUGCGAGCUCUGCGGCCCCUGAGGGCCCUGUCUCGGUUUGAGGGCAUGAGGGUUGUGGUGAAUGCACUCCUGGGAGCCAUUCCUUCCAUUAUGAACGUGCUGCUGGUGUGCCUCAUCUUCUGGCUCAUCUUCAGCAUCAUGGGGGUCAACCUGUUCGCUGGGAAGUACUACUACUGCGUCAACACCACCACGGACGAGAUCUUCCCCAUCAGCGUCGUCAACAACAAGUCCGACUGCUUGAACUUGAAGAACGAGAGCGCCCGCUGGAAGAACGUCAAGAUCAACUUUGACAACGUUGGGGCCGGAUAUCUGGCUCUGCUGCAAGUGGCAACUUUUAAGGGUUGGAUGGACAUCAUGUAUGCAGCAGUGGACUCUCGAAAUGUGGAGGACCAGCCUGAAUAUGAAGUUAACCUAUACAUGUACCUCUACUUUGUCAUCUUCAUCAUCUUUGGCUCCUUCUUCACCCUCAACCUGUUCAUUGGUGUCAUCAUCGACAACUUCAACCAGCAGAAGAAAAAGUUUGGAGGUCAGGACAUCUUUAUGACAGAAGAACAGAAGAAGUACUACAAUGCCAUGAAGAAGCUGGGUUCCAAGAAACCACAAAAACCUAUACCUCGUCCAACAAAUGCAUUUCAAGGCUGUGUGUUCGACUGCAUCACAAAGCAGGCCUUUGACAUCGUGAUCAUGAUCCUCAUCUGCCUUAACAUGGUGACCAUGAUGGUGGAGACGGACGACCAGCCGCCAGACAUGGACAACAUCCUCUACUGGAUCAACCUGGUCUUCAUCGUGCUCUUCACUGGAGAGUGCAUGCUCAAGAUGAUCUCUCUGCGCCAUUAUUACUUCACUAUUGGCUGGAACAUAUUUGACUUUGUGGUGGUGAUUCUGUCGAUUGUAGGUAUGUUUUUAUCAGAAGUUAUCGAGAAGUACUUUGUGUCUCCAACACUGUUCCGAGUGAUCCGAUUGGCCAGGAUUGGCCGCAUCCUCCGCCUUAUCAAAGGUGCCAAGGGCAUACGGACGCUUCUCUUUGCCUUGAUGAUGUCCCUCCCUGCCCUGUUCAACAUCGGCCUCCUCCUCUUCCUGGUUAUGUUCAUCUACGCCAUCUUCGGCAUGUCCAACUUUGCCUACGUCAAGCGAGAGGCAGGAAUCGACGACAUGUUCAAUUUCGAGACCUUUGGGAACAGUAUGAUCUGUUUGUUUCAGAUUACGACGUCAGCCGGGUGGGACGGCCUGCUGGCACCCAUACUGAACAAGAGGGAGCCUGACUGUGACAGCCAGAUAGAGCACCCCGGCAACUAUUACAAAGGCAACUGCGGCAACCCAUCAGUAGGCAUCUUUUUCUUUGUCAGCUACAUCAUCAUCUGCUUCCUCAUCGUGGUCAACAUGUACAUCGCCGUCAUCCUGGAGAACUUCGGCGUGGCCACAGAGGAGAGCGCUGAGCCUCUAAGCGAGGACGAUUUUGAGAUGUUCUAUGAAGUGUGGGAGCGCUUUGACCCGGAUGCUACUCAGUUUAUGGAGUACAGCAAGCUCUCUGACUUUGCAGAUGCCCUCGAUCCGCCACUGCGCAUGCCCAAGCCUAACAUGAUCCAGCUCAUCUCCAUGGACCUGCCAAUGGUCAGUGGUGAGCGCAUCCACUGCCUCGACAUCCUGUUUGCCUUCACCAAGCGAGUGUUGGGCGAAGGCGGCGAGAUGGACGUGUUACGCGGACAGAUGGAGGAGCGCUUCAUGGCCUCCAAUCCCUCGAAAGUGUCUUAUGAGCCCAUCACCACCACCCUGCGGCGCAAACAGGAGGAAAUGUCGGCCGUAAUCAUCCAGAGAGCCUUCCGCCGCUACAUGAUCUGCUUGGCCAUGAAGAAGGCCUCCGCCCUCUACAAGGAGCAGCUGAAGGAAGGCAUCCGCGAUCCCGACAAGGACGUCAUGGUCAUCAGUAAGUUCAAUGAGAACUCCACCUCGGACAAAACAGACAUGACCCCGUCCACGGCAUCUCCACCUUCUUACAACAGUGUGACGAAAUCGGACAAGGACAAAUAUGAAAAAGAAAAUAGGGAAAAAGAAAACAAAGGGAAAGACUUGAAAGACCGAAAGAAAUAAACUCCUUAAAAGGAACAAAAAAAAUGCAUCAGAGACAUGAGGGAAAUUUGUUUACAGCUUUUAGAGGGGGUAAAUAGAUGUACGCUUGUGUGCUGAUUGCUCGGAGAUGAGGAAUGCUGUGCUAGGUAGGUCUGAAGUGCGGUUAUAUCAAACAUGUGGGGUCUUCUCAAAGGGGAGUAUUGAAACAGAUUAUCCAGCAGACACUGCCAGACGUCGGGUGAAACGUGAAACAGCCUCUCUACAAAACGCUUGUGAUUUUCCUAUUGGUUGUUGUUACUAUCUGACACACUUGAGUGUACUGUUAAGUUGUCUGUAGCUAGUGCUGCUGCUACUACUAUAAAUCCAGUGUCUUGAAUUUAACAAUCGCUGUAUCACCUAACAAAUACUCUACAUUCUUUUGUUAUAUUUUUUGGGGGCUGGGGGAGGGUUACAAGGUUUCUUUUGUAAUGAGAAAGAAUGUUUUCUACUUUUUUGUGUCAUUACCGUGAGAAUGUGUCCACUGCUUUCACUGUUGUAAAAUCACCAAGGGCAGACUAAGUCAAUGCUGGAAACCACAAAAACCAUCUGAAACAAUGCAGGGUCAGUGCCAGAAUGCUCUUGGAUCAACAAGUAUACAAAGCUGAAAUUACAAACAUACUAAUGAAGUGCAAUGAACAAACACAUUGUAUUCACUGGUGUGCCAUCAGUGAUUGCUGAAAUGUGUUUUUUGCUUCUACCUGGACUGCCACGUCACAGUUUCAGUAGAAAAUCUAAGUCUCUAAAUACAGAGAAGCUGAAUGUAUGCAAGCUGAAGGAAUGAGACACAUUUAAAGAAACUGAUAUUUUGUUGCUAAGAUUUCAUUGGCAAAAUUAACCUCACUGUCAUGUCUGUCCGUUAAAUAUAAAGCUUGUGCUAGAAGGCAGUUAGCUUAACUUAGCAUGAAGACUACUAGCAAAACCAAACAAAGAUGCGAGAUAUUGUUGAGCUUUAGACAGAGUCAAGCCAGCUGUUUCCCCAAUGCUAGUCUUUAUGCUAAGCUAACCACGCUUCCGUAGUACUUUUAGUCGAUUUUCACCAUAAGUCGGAACUCUGGCAAAAAUGUCAACAAAGCUGGUAAGUGCAUCACCAUAUCAGUCAGUUUACAUGUUUGUACAACUACAGUAAUGGCAAACAUUCAUUAGCUCACACUGAAACACACCUCGGAAGGAAAAUAUCGGCAAAAAUGUAAACUGACUUACGCUUGGGAGCCAUAAUGAAGUUAGCGAAUGUAGGAUAAUCCAGUGUGACGGCAAAUGUAAACAAAGUCGUCUUACAGCGCCACAUGACGAUGUAUUCGUCCGUUCUGCUCGCAAACUAGUUCUGCUGAACCAGUUCCGACAUAACAAUGAAAUGCUGUAAGUUGAGGACGCCGUAAACUGAGGACCUCCUGUACAAUGUUCUGGCAAUGUAAAUGAAUUUUAGCUCAUGGCUAAAUAUCAGCAUUAGCAUUGCACAUUGCAUUCGGCCAAUACUUAAAACACCUCAAUGAAGUCUUCAUCAGCAUGUUCUUCCCUACUUACAGAAAACUAUUUCUCUUUGGUAGUGAUCAAAGGAGAAGAUUUGGACCACUGUAAGCUUUCAAAGCAUUUCUCCACCGCUUCUACCAACCUUAGCUUUAGCCUAGCAUUUAGCUAACACAGAGACACAUGAGUGGUAUCAGUCUUCUCGUCUAACUCUUGCCAGCAAAGGAAAUCAGCGCAUUUCCCAAAAGCCUUCUUUUAUGGUGAUGCUCAGAUCUGCUCAUCCCCCUCUGUUGUGUUGCAGUGUCUCCACCAGGCAUCUGUUGUCCUCCCCUUUCUCCUCCGUCCCUCAUCUCCCAGAGCUCCUGUAAAGAAAAUGUCUUAAUAUAUUGAAAAGAAAAUGUCAGUCUUUCUAACUGCUCUCAAGCUAGAAUGCGACAAUAUAUCACAUUUAAAGGGUCUAAUAUCACAGGUGUUUGUAUGCCAUCCAUGUUGUUUAAAUUAAGAAGCGAGUGGUUUCCAUGUCGUGGUUUGGUUUGUAAAUAAUAUAGCUAUUUGGGCCCACAGUAUGCAUCACACUUACAUUUGACGUAAGAGCACUUUUUAUCCCCACUGCUAUGUAAAACCAUGUGUGGCGGUCAUACAUGUAAGUGUGUGAGAGGGUGUGUGUUAGUGUUUUUGUGUGUGUGUGUGUGUGUGUGUGUGUGUGUGUGUGUGUACAUAUAUGUGAGAAAGAGAGAACUCUUUAUGUGAGCGAAUGCGUUUUUGUGUGCAACUGGGGUCAGCGGGUUGCUUCUGUUCUACUGAUUCGAAACAACAUUUUUACUGUAGAUAUGAGUGCAUUUUUCCAGUCUUUGGAGUUGAUUUACAUUUUUUCUAGAACAGAUUUUCCUUUCUUCACUGUAACACACGAUGAAACACAUGUAUGGUCCCCAUAUCUGUAGAUAGAAACCAUGAAGCAAUCAGUAGCCAUCUCUCAUUGCGCUUGUAGUGUUUUAGUGAACCGCAUGCAAGAAGUGACUACUGUCCGCUCAUAUGGUAAUAUAAUUUUAAAGCCAAAAGAAUAAAGAACAUAUUUUUUUUACAUGCUUCUUUAUUUUCUCCAUUUUCUUUCACGUCUUUUCUUUUUCUAUAUUUUCUAUGAGUGACAUCAGCUCUUCGGUCUGUGGUCUGGACCUGACGUAUGAUUGCUUUACCGGUUGAACAGGAUCAUUCAUGUGAUUCAAGUACAUGUAAACAUCUAACUAUGUAUCAGUUUGCAAAAUGUGACAAGUGACAUUUCUUUUUUGUUAUAACCAAAGAUGUGGCUACAAAACACAAAAUCUAGAUUUCCAAAAUAAAAUCUAUUUUGGGAAGCAUA